AGCUAGCCCUUUAGCAUACAGCCACCGAUCAUCCAGUUUACUUCUUAGCUGCACGAAUAAGGUAGGAAAUGGAGGGAAGCACGAAACCUCACUUCGUGCUUGUCCCAUGGACAGGAACCAUUAGCCACGUCAUCCCCAUGACUGACCUCGGCUGCCUCCUCGCCUCGCAUGGAGCGCCGGUCACCAUCGUCACGACGCCACUCAAUGCAGCGAUUGCACAGAGACGUGUCGACCGUGCCGCACCACACGGUGCAGAGGUCACGGUGACCGCGAUCUCCUUCCCGGCCACGGACGCCGGCCUGCCCGAGGGUUGCGAGAGGUUGGACCUCCUCCGGUCUCAAGCUGAGGUGCCUUGCUUCUUCAAGGCCAACAUGCGGUUCGGCGAGGCGGUAGCGCAGUACCUCCGCAGCGAGACGCCCCGCCGACCGAGCUGCAUCAUCUCUGGAAUGUGCCAGACGUGGACGCUAGGCUUGGCGCGCGACCUUGGCGUGCCAUUCUAUGUCUACCACGGUUUUGGCGCGUUCGCUUUGCUGUGCAUCGAGUACCUGUACAAGCACAGGCCACAUGAGGCGGUUACGUCUGCAGACGAGUUGUUCGAUGUCCCAGCCCUGCCGCCGUUCCAGUGUAGGCUGUCGAGUAGGCAACUGCCGCCGCAUUUCAUGCCAUCCACUUCCGUCGCUGGUAGGGCGUUGCAGGGGAUGCGGGAGUUCGACAUGGCUGCGGAUGGCAUCGUGGUGAACAGCUUCGAGGAGCUGGAGCACGGCUCCACGGCGCUUCUCUCGACGGCGACUGGCAAAACGGUGCUCGCCGUUGGGCCUGUCUCCUUGUGCCGGUCACCAAGUCUCCAUCCUCAGUCCAUGCCCGAUGAUGCGAGGCGGUGCAUGGCGUGGCUGGACGCCAAGGAGUCCAAGUCCGUGGUGUACGUCAGCUUCGGCAGUAUCGGGCGCAUGCCACCGGCGCAGCUCAUGCAGCUCGGCACGGCUUUGGUCUCGUGCCCCUGGCCUGUCCUGUGGGUUGUCAAGGGCGCUGACUCCAUGCCUGACGACGUCAAGAAGUGGCUACGCAAGAAUACCGACGCGGAGGGCAUCGCGAGCAGCAAGUGCCUCCUAAUGUGCGGUUGGGCGCCCCAGGUUGCCAUCCUGGCCCACCCAGCCGUCGGCGGCUUCAUGACGCACUGUGGGUGGGGCUCGACUCUGGAGGCCAUCGUCGCUGGCAUGCCUAUGGCUACCUGGCCUUUUUUCGCCGAGCAGUUUAUCAACGAGAGGCUAAUCGUGGACGUGCUUGGCGUUGGGGUGUCCGUCGGGGUGACGAAGCCAACGCAAAACGUCCUGACCGCCAGUAACGCUGGUGACAGCGAAUCAGAGGCGGAGGUUGAGGUGGGGAUGGAACAGGUGAAGAAGGCGUUGGGGAUGUUAAUGGAUCAAGGGGCCGAAGGGAUGGAGAGGAGGAAGAAGGCUCAGGGGCUGAAGCUGAAGGCGGCGGGUGCUUUGAAGAAUGGGGGAUCCUCCUACAUUAAUUUGGAGAAUUUGAUCCAAUCUCUCGUUUGAAGCUUGAUAUGUCUCACUGACGCUGAGAUGCGGGUUCGGGCCAGGGGCUGAUUUACGGGGUGUGCACAGUUUACACGUGCACACAAAAAAUAAUAUUUGCAUUAUGUUAGAAUAUAUGAGCAUUGGCAUAUUAUAUUUGAAUAAUUGUUAAUAACUCUUUAAUCACACUUUUGUAAUGAAGUU